CUGCGAGAGCGGCGCCAUGGAGGCCACCGGGGUGCUGCCGUUCGUGCGAGGCGUGGACCUGAGCGGCAACGACUUCAAGGGUGGCUACUUCCCUGAGAAUGUCAAGGCCAUGACCAGCCUGCGGUGGCUGAAGCUGAACCGAACGGGUCUGUGCUACCUGCCGGAGGAGCUGGCUGCCCUGCAGAAGCUGGAACACUUGUCUGUGAGCCACAACCAUCUGACGACGCUUCACGGGGAAUUGUCCAGUCUGCCGUCCCUGAGGGCCAUCGUCGCUCGAGCCAACAAUCUGAAGAACUCCGGAGUCCCCGACGACAUCUUCAAGCUGGACGACCUCUCGGUCUUGGACUUGAGCCACAACCAACUGACUGAGUGUCCGAGGGAGCUAGAGAAUGCCAAAAACAUGCUGGUCCUGAACCUCAGCCACAACAGCAUCGACAACAUCCCCAACCAGCUCUUCAUCAACCUCACGGACCUGCUGUACCUGGACCUCAGCGAGAACCGCCUGGAGAGCUUGCCGCCGCAGAUGCGCCGUCUGGUGCAGCUGCAGACGCUCGUGCUCAAUGGGAACCCGCUGCUGCACGCCCAGCUACGGCAGCUGCCGGCUAUGCUGGCCCUGCAGACGCUGCAUCUGCGGAACACGCAGCGCACCCAGAGCAAUCUCCCCACCAGCCUGGAGGGCCUGAGCAGCCUCACAGACGUGGACCUGUCCUGCAAUGACCUGGCCCGGGUGCCCGAGUGCCUGUACACCCUCCCCAGCCUGCGCCGCCUCAACCUCAGCAGUAACCAGAUCGCAGAGCUGUCCCUGUGCAUAGACCAGUGGGUGCACGUGGAGACCCUGAACCUGUCUCGAAAUCAGCUCACCUCACUGCCCUCAGCCAUCUGCAAGCUGACCAAGCUGAAGAAGCUGUACCUCAACUCCAACAAGCUGGACUUCGACGGGCUGCCCUCGGGCAUCGGCAAGCUGGCCAGCCUGGAGGAGUUCAUGGCUGCCAACAACAACCUGGAGCUCAUUCCAGAGAGCCUCUGCAGAUGCACGAAGCUGCGGAAACUCGUGCUGAACAAGAACCGCCUGGUCACCCUCCCAGAGGCCGUCCACUUCCUGACAGAGAUUGAGGUUCUAGAUGUGCGGGAGAACCCCAGCCUGGUCAUGCCACCCAAGCCCACCGACCGCGCCGCCGAGUGGUACAACAUCGACUUCUCGCUACAGAACCAGCUGCGGCUGGCAGGCGCCUCUCCUGCCACUGUGGCUGCAGCAACAGCUGGCAGUGGGCCCAAGGAUCCCUUGGCUCGGAAGAUGCGGCUGCGGAGACGCAAGGACUCUGCCCAGGAUGACCAGGCCAAGCAGGUGUUGAAGGGCAUGUCGGACGUGGCUCAGGAGAAGAAUAAGAAGCAAGAGGAGAGCGCAGAUGUCCCAGGACCCGGGGGGAAGGUGCGGCGCUGGGACCAGGGCCUGGAGAAGCCGCGCCUGGACUACUCGGAGUUCUUCACGGAGGAUGUGGGCCAGCUGCCUGGCCUGACCAUCUGGCAGAUUGAGAACUUCGUGCCUGUGCUGGUGGAAGAAGCCUUCCACGGCAAGUUCUACGAGGCGGACUGCUACAUUGUGCUCAAGACCUUUCUGGACGACAGCGGCUCCCUGAGCUGGGAGAUCUACUACUGGAUCGGCGGGGAGGCCACCCUCGACAAGAAGGCUUGCUCAGCCAUCCACGCUGUGAACCUGCGCAACUACCUGGGCGCCGAGUGCCGCACCGUGCGGGAGGAGAUGGGCGACGAGAGUGAGGAAUUCUUGCAGGUGUUUGACCAUGACAUUUCCUACAUUGAGGGCGGGACAGCCAGUGGCUUCUACACAGUGGAGGACACACACUAUGUCACCAGGAUGUACCGUGUGUACGGGAAAAAGAACAUUAAGUUGGAGCCUGUGCCACUCAAAGGGGCCUCCUUGGAUCCAAGGUUUGUUUUCCUGCUGGACAGAGGACUGGACAUCUAUGUGUGGCGGGGAUCCCAGGCUACGCUGGGCAGCACCACCAAGGCCAGACUCUUUGCAGAGAAAAUCAACAAGAACGAGCGGAAGGGGAAGGCAGAGAUCACACUGCUGGGGCAGGGCCUGGAGCCGCCCGAGUUCUGGGAGGCACUGGGUGGGGAACCCUCGGAGAUCAAGAUACAUGUGCCUGACGAUUUCGGGCCGCCCUCCCCGAAGCUGUAUAAGGUGGGCCUGGGCCUGGGCUACCUCGAGCUGCCACAGAUCAACUACAAACUCUCAGUGGAGCACAAGACCAGGCCAAAGGUGGAGCUGAUGCCUGCCAUGCGCCUGCUGCAGAGCCUGCUGGACACACGCUGCGUGUACAUCCUGGAUUGCUGGUCCGACGUGUUCAUCUGGCUGGGGCGCAAGUCCCCUCGCCUAGUGCGGGCAGCAGCCCUCAAGCUGGGCCAGGAGCUAUGUGGCAUGUUGCACCGGCCACGCCACGCAGCCGUCAGCCGCAGCCUGGAGGGCACUGAGGCGCAGGUGUUCAAGGCGAAGUUUAAGAACUGGGACGACGUGCUGACGGUGGACUAUACACGCAAUGCCGAGGCCGUGCUGCAAGGCCAGGGCCUGGCCGGGAAGGUGAAGCGCGACACGGAGAAGAAGGACCAGAUGAAGGCCGACCUCACCGCGCUCUUCCUGCCGCGGCAGCCCCCCAUGGCCUUGGCCGAGGCCGAGCAGCUGAUGGAGGAGUGGAACGAGGAUCUGGAUGGCAUGGAGGGCUUUGUGCUCGAGGGCAAGAAGUUCGCACGGCUUCCGGAGGAGGAGUUUGGCCAUUUCCACACACAAGACUGCUACGUCUUCCUGUGCAGGUACUGGGUGCCCGUGGAGUACGAGGAGAAGAAGGAAGAGGAGGAGGAAGAGAAGGCCGCGGCGGAUGGCAAGGCGGGCGAGGAGGCCGCGGCGGAGGAGAAGCAGCCCGAGGAGGACUUCCAGUGCAUCGUGUACUUCUGGCAGGGCCGCGAGGCCUCCAACAUGGGAUGGCUCACCUUCACCUUCAGCCUGCAGAAGAAGUUCGAGAGCCUCUUCCCGGGCAAGCUGGAGGUGGUACGCAUGACGCAGCAGCAGGAAAACCCCAAAUUCCUGUCCCAUUUCAAGAGAAAGUUCAUCAUCCACCGGGGCAAGAGGAAGGCGGCCCAGGGUACCCUUCAGCCAAGCCUCUACCAGAUCCGCACCAACGGCAGUGCCCUCUGCACCCGGUGCAUCCAGAUCAGCACAGACUCCAGCCUCCUCAACUCUGAAUUCUGCUUCAUCCUCAAGGUUCCCUUUGAGAGCGAGGAUAACCAGGGCAUCGUGUACGCAUGGGUGGGCCGGGCCUCAGACCCCGAUGAGGCGAAGCUGGCCGAGGAGAUCCUGAACACCAUGUUUGACGCCUCCUACAGCAAGCAGGUCAUUGACGAAGGCGAGGAGCCCGAGAACUUCUUCUGGGUGGGCCUUGGGGCCCGGAAGCCUUAUGACGACGAUGCUGAGUACAUGAAGCACACUCGGCUCUUCCGGUGCUCCAAUGAGAAGGGCUUCUUCGCGGUGACCGAGAAGUGCUCUGACUUCUGCCAGGAUGACCUGGCCGAUGAUGACAUCAUGCUGCUGGACAACGGCCAGGAGGUCUACAUGUGGGUAGGCACCCAGACAAGCCAGGUGGAAAUCAAGCUCAGUCUGAAAGCCUGCCAGGUGUAUAUCCAGCACCUGCGCUCCAAAGAGCAGCCCCGCCGCCUGCGCUUGGUGCGAAAGGGCAACGAGCAGCACGCCUUCACCCGCUGCUUCCACGCCUGGAGCGCCUUCCGGAAGGCCCUGACCUAGGGCAGCCUCACAGCGCCACCCCACCUGCCCCCAGCAGUGCCCACCACCACUCCAGGCUCUGGGUGAGGGAGGCCCGGGGACCCUCUGCCCUCCCACCUGCUAGAACCAGUCCCUGCACAGCAGCCCCAGGGCCCAGUCUCCAGCAGCACCAACAUGGGUGUCACGCCUGCAAGGUGCCCUCGGAGCUGGGAAACACGGCUCCUUCCAGUGAGCAAGGGUGUGAAGCCCUUCCCCACCUUGGUUAAAGCAGGCAUCUUUGCCCUUGGAGAUAUUAAAUGCUUUUAUUUUCAAUAUUAAAAAUCAGUAUUUUUAA